AUGGCUACGUUCAACUCUAUGCCGGCCAUGUCAGCCGCUGCGCCAAACGAGGCAAUGGGCUUGAAUCACCCUGCACCAGGUCAGCCCAUGACAAUGGAGCAUUUUGAUCAAGACUUUAAUUUUGACGAGGCUGUCCUGGAUGGUGCUCCCUUACCUACCCUCCCCUUCACGCCGGCGUACGAUUUUGACAAUUUUACCACAACUUUUGAAGACCCAUUCGCCUAUUCCAGUCGGGCAUUCGAGCCCACCCCAAAUCAAGAUGCCCUCAACGAGGAAUCAUCGCCACAAGAGCUGGACAAUAAGUUGCUGGGCUUUUCAGACCCAAUUAUGAAUGCCACAGUUGUCGACAAAACUGGCAAACUUGCGGAGGUGAAUAUGAGCGCCGAAUUAUACGGCAUGUUCUUCGUUGCAGAGGACGUGUUCGGUGGGGACAACUCAGGACGUCCUCUUGAGCUGACUUGCUAUCGCCGCAAUCUAUGGCAAUGCUCUGGGCAGAUAACGCUACCGAAGAAUCUCUCACAUCUCAUGGACGAGCGAGGUCGCCAAUUUUCAAUUGAUGAACUGUCGGCAUCAAUUACAGCAGUAGAAUCGAUUGAAGGAAAAUCCACAGAAAUCAUUUCCAUUCCCUGGAAGAGUUCAAGUUCUCAAGCGCCCGAGGAGACCAAGGUUGCGGCUGCGCCGCCUCAAAUACCCCUGGAUUUGAGCACGGCUCAGGAGGUUGAUGCCGUUCGAGUUACCCUUCCUGUCUCUUGGAAGCGUUUACAGUUCAAGCACGCAACGGCCAACAAUGGACGGCGGAAGGGGCUUCAGCAGCAUUACGUAGUCCAAAUCAAUCUUGUGGCUAAAUCCAAGUCCAACGACAUGAUGAAAAUCGCCGAGAUUCAGUCAGGGCCCGUUAUUGUUCGAGGGCGUAGUCCGCGCAACUUUGACAGCAGAAAAGAUGUGCCUCUCACUGGGGAAAAGAGAUUGGAGAAAAAAAAUACAGCGAGUUCUGAUAAUACUGCUUUAAAAAUAGAGCGGGAAAAUAUCCAAGCCACAAUGCAGAGAUUCCAACCCUUGGGUAAUGUAGCGACCCCAGCCGAGUGGUCAGCAAAUCCACAGCAUGUGUCUCAUCCGAACAGCCAAAGUCCUCAUCCAGCCAAGAGAAUGGCCGUAUCGCCCACCGUUGCUCGACCACCCGUGCCCUCCUGGUCUGCAGACGGAAAGAGCAUGACAACUGGCCAACCACAUCGAGGCUCGCUGAGUCGACAAAACACGGCCGUGCCUAUCAAUCUCUCUCUGUCCGAGGAUGAGAAGAGCCCCAAUCGGUCCAGUGCAGAGCUGCAAAGUCCUCAGAUGGGCAAGUCCCAUCCCGUUUCAGGGCAGAACGCUGGCAAUAGCCCUGUCGAUGAUCCAGAUCCUCUUUAUGAAUACUUCCCUCUAACACUAGAUGACUGGAUGCCACCGAUCGAUGCGGUCUACCGACCGCAUGUGGUCCAUCACACUAUUGUGCCUCCCGAGAUCAAAGCUCAGCAGUCACAAAGUAAGGCAAAACGGUAUUUUUCGGCCGAAUAG